UGAGUACAGUGCACAAUGUGUCGUAAGUGGUACGUCCCAGCGAGGGAGAGGUUCGCGGAAGAGCGGGCGUGGCGAGGGCACUCCGUCUUCUUCCUCUACCAAGACGCUGAAAUGACGGCGACUCUGCGCCCAUAUCUGAACGCCGUGCGAGCCACGCUGCAGGCCGCACUCUGCCUGGAGAACUUCUCCUCUCAGGUGGUGGAGCGUCACAACAAGCCGGAGGUGGAGGUCCGGAGCAGCAAGGAGUUGCUGCUGCAGCCCGUGAUUAUCAGCCGCAAUGAAAAGGAGAAGGUUCUCAUAGAGGGAUCCAUCAAUUCUGUCCGUGUCAGCAUUGCUGUGAAGCAGGCUGAUGAGAUUGAGAAGAUCUUGUGCCAUAAAUUCAUGCGCUUCAUGAUGAUGAGAGCAGAGAACUUCUUCAUCUUGAGGAGGAAACCUGUGGAGGGCUAUGACAUCAGCUUCCUCAUCACCAACUUCCACACGGAGCAGAUGUAUAAGCACAAGUUGGUGGAUUUUGUCAUCCAUUUCAUGGAGGAGAUUGACAAGGAGAUAAGUGAGAUGAAACUGUCCGUCAAUGCCCGUGCCCGUAUUGUAGCAGAAGAAUUCCUCAAAAAUUUCUGAGGAAGGAUUUCCAGUCCUUGUGCUGACCUCAUGACGUGGCUGUAACUGGAUUUGUGGAUGGCGAGGAAAAGUUUUUAGGGGCCAAAUGAAGAGGAAGGAGCGCAUGAACACCAGUCAGCAAGGAGACCCAUUGAAAAGAGACCAAUCCAAAAGAGGGUGCCAUGGUCCUCUCUUAAUAGGCUUCCCUGAUCUAAUGAAUAUUGAUGUUUUGUACAUAAAUAUUCUCAGCUAUGUUAAUUUCUGCCUUCAGAACAAAACUUUAAAUCAGGCGGGUCCUUUUAGUUAAACCUGAAUCAAUAUUCAUGAGGGCAGGGAAACAUGUUUUUUCUUCUGGUAAUUUAAUGUGUUUUUUAUAUAUAAUAUACAAUAUACUUUUUGUUACAACCACCCUUCAGACUACAGUGAGGACAAUGCUUAUGCUUGCAUUUUGACACAAUAUUGAACAGACCUAGCAAUUGCUGAUGGAAACAAUCUUAGAUAUGUUGUUGACAAUUAAAGCCCAUUACCCCUCAU